AUGAACAAGGAAGAUUCUCAGUGUGGCUCUAGCAAAGGUGUUCGCGGGUCGAGGUCGGCUCGGUUGCUCACGGAUAGUAUAUCGUCUGACGAGGGUCCAGAGACGGAAUGUCUGCUGUCGGCGCAGCUGCAGGCGGUGGUAGUGAACCCGGUGACGAGGCGACGAGAGUCCCUGACCGCGCCGCCCUCGCCGACCGAAUCCCGGAAGAAGCGGGACCACCACCACAGACAACACAACUACAAGAACCACUUGCACCAUCUCAUCCACUGGAGAGAUAUCUGGAGCGGAGAGCCACACAAAGGUCACGAGAGCCUGCACCGCAGCGAGUCGAUGGUAUCACUUGCUUGCUUCCGGACGCUCUCGCAGCUCGUCAACAGCGAUAACCUGGCAGAAUUGCAACAGUACAUCUCCAACAAUAAGAAUGUUUGUAUCGACGACAAAGAUGAGAAUGGCACAACGGCGCUCAUGUGUGCGAGCGAGAAUGGCCGAAUCGCAGCGGUACGGAUAUUGCUGGGAGCCGGUGCAGAUGCUACAGCCGCCGACGCAGAUGCUUGGACAGCUUUGGCGUUUGCGGCCCGUGGAGGACAUCUUGCCACAGCUAAGGAACUAAUAGAUGCCGGAGCUAUUGUCGAUUCUAGGGACUGUGGCGGUUGGACACCGUUACUGUGGGCGUCAUACAAGGGGCACGAAGAGAUCGUAGCAUUACUGCUGGAGAAAGGAGCUGAUGUUCAUGCACAUGGCAAUUAUAAUAUCAACUCGCUAGUAUGGGCGGCGGGUCGCAAGCACAGUGGGGUUGUGCAGCGGCUAUUGGCUGCAGGUGCGCGGCCAAACUCGUGCGACAAGUACGCCACGUCAGCGCUAACAUGGGCGGCAAGGGCUGGCGAUGUCGCGUCAUGCUCGGCGCUGUUAAGAGCUGGUGCUGAUGCUAACACCGCUGGCAUGUACUGCUGGACUCCACUACUGCAAGCUACACAUGGCAACCACUUCGAGAUCGUCCAAAUGCUGCUAGAACACAAGCCGAAUGUGAACGCGUUAGACAAAGACGGGUAUACCGCGCUAGCCAUCGCAUGUAAAGAGGGAUACUACGAUAUUGCUUUGGCUCUUAUUAACUCCGGCGCUUACAUUAACGUGCAGGAUCAAUCAAAAGACACACCUUUAAUACACGCAGUAAAAGCAGGACACAAGAAUAUAGUGGAGGCGCUACUAAAGAAACAUGUAGAUGUGGACCUGCCAGGCAAGGAGAAGAAGACGCCAGUAUACACUGCCACGGAGAAAGGACAUGUAGCCAUACUCAAGUUGUUACUAGCUUCCAAUCCUGACCUCGAACACAGUACUGUGAGCGGCGACACUCCAUUGAUGCGAGCGGUGCGCUCUCGUAAUGCGGAAAUGGUACAAUUACUGCUGGAGCGCAAAGCGCGCGUCAACGUCGCAGACAUCAGGGGAGAUACGGCGCUGCAUAUUGCUAUGAGAGCUAGGUCUAAGCAAAUCGUGGAAAUCCUCCUAAGAAAUCCGAAGAACAGUCAAUUAUUGUAUAAGCCGAACAAAUUGAAUGAAACGCCUUACAAUAUAGAUAUGAGUUACAAUAAGACUAUACUAGGACAGAUAUUUGGCGCCCGCAAGUUGAAUACUAAUGAAGACAAUGAGAAUAUGUUAGGGUAUGAACUGUAUAGUGCUGCACUAGCCGACAUGCUGUCUGAACCUAGCCUUUCGGUACCUAUAACUGUCGGACUAUACGCUCGAUGGGGAUCAGGGAAAUCAUUUUUGCUCAAUAAACUUAAAGAGGAGAUGAAAAAUUUUGCCCGACAAUGGAGUGAAACGGGCUGGGCGUGGUCGUGGGCGGUGUGGUGGGGCGCGUGGCACGUAGCGCUGUCCGCGUCGGCCGUCGCGGCCGUGGCGGGGGCGCCGCCCUACAUCGCGCUAGGGCUCUGCUUCGCGCUCUUCGCAUUCAUAUACAUAGCCCUGUAUAUACUAUGGUACACUGGAAAUAAAUACGAGUGGUGGUGGGCGGGAGGAGUACUAUCUGCGCUGGGUCGUAAGUUCAGCUCACUGUUACUGGCGCUGCAGGUUGUAUUCUGUCACCCACCGGGACCUAACGACCCUAGGGCGUUGCCAGCGACACCCAUUAGGUUUCAUUUCACCGAAGGCAUGAAAAGCGGAGGAGGUCAGGAGGGAGAGGCAAUGGUGGUUCAAAUGAUAGCGAGUUUGGGUGAGGCGCUGGAGUGUCAGUACGGGAGAAUAUGCACUCGGUUAGCAAGGGCCUUCCGACCUAAACCUGUGUCGUCUACGUCUGGUUGGAAGUGGCGGCGAGUUUGCUGUAUACCUCAUAUAAUUACAUUCGAGUUGUGCUUCACCUGCAUUAUCGUCGGGUUCUGCGUGCUCAUCAUGUACUUAACGGACAGGGAUCCUGACCCACAGCGGCGGGAGAUCCAGCAGGGGCUGAUGAUCGGCGCCUGCGCAGUGAGCGGCGCCGCGCUGCUCGCCAACCUAUACACGUGCGCGCGAGUGCUCGCCGCGCUCGUCCGCGCGCCGCGCUCCAGGCUCGCCAGGGCUGCUGCGUCUUCUCCGGCGGGGCUGAGACCUGAGGUCCAGGCUUUGACGCAUGUGGUGUCGUGUCUUGACGCGUUCACCGGCCAGCAGACCCGCCUAGUAGUGGUAGUGGAUGCCUUAGACAGCUGCGAACAAGAGAAGGUGCUAGCUUUACUGAACGCCGUUCAUGCUCUCUGCUCAGACCCUAAGAGCCCCUUCAUACUACUGCUGGCCAUAGACCCACACAUCAUCAGCAAGGCAGUGGAAAUAAACAGUCGGCGAGCAUUCUGCGAGAGCAACAUAGGAGGAUGGGACUACCUUCGGAACAUGGUGCAGCUACCGUUCUACCUCCAGAACUCAGCACUCCGCAGAGUAAAGACUGCUCAACAAACUGCUGCUAGAAGAAUGCAAGUCAUCAUGGCUGAUGACUUUUCUACGUCGCUGCAGAGAUCUGUAUCAGCACGCCGCCUAUCUUCAACAUCGGAGCUCAUGUCGAGUCAAGAGCGUAUCAAAGGUCAAGCGGCGCGAGAACGGCGGCUGCGGCCUUCGGAGUCCGUGGCCUCGUCCGUGGCCUCCGGGCUACACCGGGGCGCCACGGGGGGCGUGGGGGGCGCGGGGGCCGCCGACCUCAACAGGGUGCUACUGACUGAUGACUACUUCAGUGAUGUUAACCCCAGGAGCAUGAGGCGGCUCAUGAACGUGCUGUAUGUUACUGGACGUCUUCUAAAGGCCUUCCAAAUAGAGUUCAACUGGUACCAGCUGGCGUCGUGGGUGAACCUUACGGAGCAGUGGCCAUUCCGCACGUCCUGGAUCAUCUACCACCACGAGACUUACGAGGAACACAUCGAUGACUCCACCUCACUCAAACACAUUUAUGAAAAAGUAAAACCCCUGAUGAGCGGUCUUCGUGAAGCCAGUACAUUGAUGGAGCUGGACCGUGACGAGCGUAAACUGGAAGUGUUCCUGAGCUUCCACCGCGCCACCCUCACUGCUGCAGAUCUCAAGAUAUUUCUGCCAUUCACUAUCAACUUGGAUCCUUACAUCAAGAAGCUUAUCAAAGAGGAACAAAUGCAAAGUGGAGUGGACGAAGACGCGGGCGCGGGCGGCGCGGCCGCCGGCCUCGCGUGGGGACAACCACCCUCAAGGCAGCCACACUCCAAACUGUUCCCUAGGAAACACCGUUCGUCUCCACCGACCCAGCCGGCGGCGGCAGGUCCGGUCCCUGCUCAGCAGAUGUGGGUGGGGUGGGCCAACACUAGCGCGGGGUUCGUGCCACAGGCCAUCAACUCUCAACCAUUCCCCCCGCCACAGUACCAACAACCACCACCACCAGCUCAGCCACCACUACCACAGCAACCAACACAGAAUCCGUUCCAUAUGCUGAAGACUGCGUUCCCUGGUUUGUCGGACGUGUCCAACAUCCGGCUGUCGUCGCUGAGCGUGGAGCGCGUGUGCGGCGUGGUGCGGCAGGCGCUGGGCGCGGGCGCCGCGCACUGCGCCGCGCAGCUCGCACACCACAACGUCUGCGGGCUCGUGCUCGCCGUCUGCAGGCUGCAGGAUCUGGAACCGAUUCUAGAACUGCCAUUUGGUGAUUGGGAACUAUUCAAACUGCUUAUCGUGAAUCUACGUGAGCUAGAAGCAAAUAUGCCGUCGACAGUACCAACUGUAGCUGUAAUGUCUGAAAAAUCGGCAGAAACAGAAAUCGACUCUACGUCUACAAAGCCACCAAGACACACACUAGAGACCCAACGCAGUCGACCUUCAAAUGUUGAGAAACAGGUAACUCUGGAGGAGCAAAUGAUCUGCGGCGCGCUCCAAACACUAAACGAGGAGGCCCUCGAGGACGUGCUACAGUCGGAGCCCCCCUCCCACCCAGACGAGGAGAGCGUGCUCCAGCUACGAGUGGGCGCAUCCUCAGUAUGCGGCACCCCGGCCGGCAGCCCGCGCCCUCUGCGUCGCGACCCAUCCAUACUCAAGGGAGGAGGCUCCUUCCGCGCGCGACGCGUCACUGGGGACCCACCUGCCGUCACAUUCAACGUCGAGCACGAGGACGAUUCCGACUCCGACGGACAGAUCACGUUCAGCGCGCGCCCCCGCACCGCACGCCUCGACGAAGUGCCGCGCCGCGCCGCCCCCGCGCCCCGCUCGCGCCCUUCCUCCCUGCUGGUGGCUCCGGAAGAUGCAGUGGACGUGGCCGGCCUGGCCGCGCGCUCGCUGUCCGUGGAGGACUCCACACGCACGGGCUCGCCCAUCGUCGACCUCAAGCUGCGCGGCCUGCGUCGCACCGCGGAGAUACUUCGCAAGGUCAGCUCGGCGGAGCGCUUGUCGCGUCUUAAGGAUAAGAUCAUGUCGCGCGGCGGGGGUUCGCGGGAGCGCAGCCCUGCACGCGACGAGCCCAGUGACGAUGAGUCCGCACCACUCGUGUCCCCGGGUUGCGCCCCUCUCCCCGUCCCAGUAGCUAUAGGCUCGCCUGGCCCAUCCUCGGAAACGUCCACCUUGGCGGGGGCGGCGGAAAAUGGCAGUGCGUCAUUGUCGCCACGCUCCGACGUCACAGACCUGGAGUCGCCGCGUGACGUGGGCAGUGCAUUCGACCUGCUGCCGGGCGACAAGAGCUCAGUAAGCACAGCCGAGCGAGGAGUGCGGGUGGAUGCUCGGCUGGAGCGCGCGGGCAGCAGUGCGUCGGUGGGCAACAUGGUGGAGCCGUACAACAUGCGGCUGCUGGGCGAGGCGGGGCGCGCGCUGUGGCGACAGGACGCGCUGGACGCGGGCCCGCCGUGGCCGUGGGACGAGCCGGACUCUGCGGUGUGA